CUGCAGUUUGAUGGCUCUUUUAUUUUGCUGAAUUAAUAUAAACUAGCAACUUAAAUAGCGCUUUGGAUGGCAGCUAGAUAUCACGCGCCGGCUAGUUUAUAAUUUUUUUUCCUGCUAUUGCUUCAGUUCAAAACUCGCUUGUACCUGCACCGCAGACGGCCAACAGCAAACCACCAUCAGCCAGACAUUCAAUAGCUAUUCACCAAGUACAGCAGCAUACUCUUUACUCAGAGCUUGUACAGUCUGUAGAAACAUCACGUAUAGUAACUUGUCACUCCAUGUUGACAGAGUCUUCUGUUCAACCUUUGUAGUCACUUGUCAUCAGUAAACUUUAAAAAAAUCGAGUGUAGAUACAUUAAUGAUCACACUUUUAGCUUGCCCAUCCUUAGCUUACUACCCAGUGUGGCACCAUGACCUGUGGCCUCCAGACAGCUCUUGCGCACAGCCCAACAACAAACCAAAAGUUACUAAGCCCAAAUAACACGGGAAUCUUGAAUUAGCUAACAUUGCGUCCCUUGAUCCUACCGAUCCCCUGCGCGCUUUUCCCCCACCCCAAACUCGGCCGGGAGAGUGGGACUGUUCCCGCGUGCAACUGUCCGUUUCGUGGCAAUAUCCUGUUGCUUGUCAACUCCAGCGAAUGGCUACUGUAACCCCCCAGUCGAUACCAUUCUGUUACUUGUCCUAAACGCUGAGGAGUUCUGUAUAUGAGUUUGUUUUGGCCCCUCUUCACCCUCCCUGUUUCUCUUGCUCAAGCUGCUAUGAUUAUUGUGAGUCGUUUUGCUUCUCUUGUGUGGCACGUAGCGUGAGUGUCGUGCUGGCCACCUUGCCUGCUUGCUGUCUCAGGUGGAGCUCUGGCCCAAGUCCGGUAGUUACCUUCUACUGAUCACCAACCUGUUUUCCAUUCACUGCACGUAGCAGCUAAACGAUGUUAGUGUACUAAAUUUUUUGCCCUCGUGGUUAGAGAUAGCAGUCUCAUGUGUCUCCUUCACAAAUCAAUGUUUCUUUCAAAGCUUGAUAAUAGUCAUGGCAGUGUGAAUAGCCCCACGCUCACCCAGUCCUCCUCGUUCGGGUGUCCACUGCUGCGGCAAGGCAGUGAAGUGAGAUCUCAGCACUCUCGCAGAACCACUGGCAACGCGCGCAAAUGAGAGAGGGACAUGAGGGUAUGAUGCUGCUGUGUGAACAAGCCUUCACCCAGGACGUCUUCACAGGGGGGGAGGGGACAAUACAAGUUCCGCUCUGGCCCUUUCUCUCUGAGUUCGUGACGUUGCGUCCACACAAAAGGUUGCCGUCUCAUGCUCAAUAUAGUUAUUUCGAGUUCCAGUGAUGAAGUUUCAACUUCUAGCGUUCGCAUAUUGUUUAUCAUCAGUCACCUUUCGACUGUUGAUACUACUUUCUAAGUAAAUGUCUGUAGUGACAGCCAUAGAAGCCUGUAGGGUCGAAGAGGUUGCUCAUAAGCCUUUUUCGUAGCUAUGAAGAACCAGUGAACCCAACGAGGACAAGGGCCAAGAGAGGCCAAAGAGUAUAGAUAAAGUCAUCCGUAUUUGUCAACAUUUGUUUUAGUUUGCAUAGGAAUAAAGAGAAAAUUUAUUCAAGGGUAAUUCACAGCGAAACGUUUACUACGAAAUUAAACAUUGCUAUCAGAACUCCUCAGUCGCGAACGGAUAAACGGGGGCGCGUGUGGGUACUGAUGUACCCGGAGCCAGUACAGUGCUGUGUGAUGCCCCUCAUGGUGAAGGAUGCUUGACUGUUGCGACUAAAUAAGUUUGAGCUUGGACGAAAUGGGCAACUGGUGGUGACUUGUGUGGUGGUGCAGGGACAAGUGACUUGUAAUAGUGCAGGGAAAGGGAAGGGGUGAGUGUUGGGGAGAGCCUCAGGGUAAAUGCUGUAACUACGGGGGAUAAUUAGAUAGUCCAGUGCUGAAUAUUCGUCUGUGAAGAUUUCUACCAAGAGAGGAGGAUGCACUAUAUUCAAGAGAUGCCUUAACACACUUAGGACCAGGUAAGGACAUCUUCAAUGACGGCUUUGCGUCCCCCGUGGAGCCAGAGGUGGACCCUUACCGAGGCUCAUACAUCACUGAAUACCAUUCUCAUCCUUCACUGGGUCGUUCCCCGGGGGGCAGCGUGAGUCCUCCUCGCCAUUCCCAGGGGCGUCCCUCUCGCAGCUCCUCGCCACCACAGCGCCAGCAUUACAACACCCCCGGCCGCGCCUCACCGAUGGGCCGACCCUCCAGAGAUGGCGGUUCGCCGCCGCACCAUGAAUACAACAGCCGCCCCGCUGCCCACCACUCCGAGGCCCCGCCCUACCGCGGGGAAGCCUCGCCGCCCUACUACCGCAAGAAUCCCACGUCACAGCACCACGACAACGGAGCCCAGAGAAGAGUGAAGGCCGGGGUGCCGCGGCCCACCAAGGUGAAGCGCUUCCUGCUCACCCGCGAUCCCAAGGACCGGAGGAUAUCUGGUAAUGGUCUCGGCAUGAAAGUGGUAGGCGGCAAGGAGAUACCCGGAACCCGGGGACGUCUUGGGGCUUACAUCGCGCGCCUGCACCCCGGGGGCGUGGCUGAGACACUGGGCCAGCUCAAGGAGGGGGACCUGCUGCUCGAGUGGAACGGCGUAUCGCUGGUAGACAGAACGUACGAGGAGGUGCAGAGCAUCGUGACCCAGAGCGUGGACGACGUGGAGGUGGAGAUUGUGGCGCGCAGUGACAUCAAUAUGAUAACCGGGGAGCGACUGACGGGAGAAAAGUGGCAGGGCCGUGACAGAGGUCCGUCAGCAUCCUCCACCGACAACUCCAGCCACCACGCCAGCCCACAGCGCCGAUCAGACCCUCCGCCAGAAGACCCGCUGGACAUUAACGGGAAUCGGUCGAGUUCGGAGGGUCCCAUCAAUGACAUGACUGGCAGCAACUCACAAGAGACUAUUUUCGCCAGUGAAAGUCGAGGAUACGAGAGGGAAAGAAGCGAGGCGAUGCAGGACCGGGAACGGCACAGGGACUCAUCCCAGCCAACAAGUCCUCGCGCCCGCUCCUCCUCCAGACACAGGUACCCGAGUAACAGCCCCGACACCAGAUCCAAGCUCCCGAGCAGCCCAGCAGCAGAGAGGCCCGCCAAUCGUGAGCUGAGACGUGUUAAUGACGAAGGGCCAUCCGGCGAGGGCGACUCCCUUCCGCCACGAGAGUCACCCGUCCCUCACUCCUCGAGGGAUCGACAUGGCCAUAACGCGAGAAGCAGAGCUCCAUCUGAGGCAGCGUCCGGGGAGGUUGUGGCCGAGGGACGCAGGACGCCCUCGGACAGGCAGGCCCGACAGCGAAGCAGCUCAGCGGGCGGGCGGCGGCUGCCUAACCCCAAGCCCCAAAAGGCGGCGGGUGCGCCGGCAGCAGCGGCAGCCCAAGCGGCAGGGCAUCAAGAGCAGCCAAUGGGCGAGGUGCAGCUGCAGAUAUGCUACGACUCCCAGGCGGGCAUCCUGUAUGUGACCGUGCUGCGGGCGCGCGGCCUCCACACGGUGCUCGAGGACGGCGACACGCGGCCAGACUCCUUCAUCAAGGUGUACCUCCUGCCGGGCCGCAGUGUGGAGAACCAGCGACGAACGCGCUACUUCUCUCGGACCAGUAAUCCGGAAUGGAACCAGACGAUGGUGUACCCGAACCUGCAGCCGUCAGACCUGGCUAAGCGCAGCCUGGAGGUCACUGCCUGGAACUACCAAGCUGACAGGCCCAACGAGUUCCUGGGCGAGGUUGUGCUUGAUCUGUCAGAACUGAGAGUAAUGGAAGAGGAGCCGCGGUGGUACCAGCUGCAGGAGCUUGACCGCGAGGACCUUUCUGAACCCUUGCCUGGUGAAGAGUGAAGCAGGAGCCACGGCCGUCACAACACAUCAUAGCGAGUGGCUGAAGGCAGUGUGCAGGAGCAGCAGAGGACGGCAGUACGGCGUGGAGGGGGAGGGAAGCGCCACUCGCGCACCAGCUCGUCCUAGUGUCUGACGGAUAAGAAAAUAGAAAUAUAAGAUGGCUUUUGGAUAAGCGGCUAGCCAGAGAUACUUUUGGAGCGCAAAAUUAGGGUUUACUUGAUCUACUUUACGAGAUGAAUUGCAAACAUUAGAAUUAUAGUUUAAGAUGGCAUCACUGAGGGGCAUGUCUUUGUCGAAGUUGUACAAGUAGAAAUUGCUUGAAGCGACCCAUGUUGGAACGUACGUGUUUUGGUGAGCCAUUUGGCAGAGAGAUUUCCCACACUGGCAUACAUGCUCUCUACUUGUGUUUACAAGAUGCCGUCACCCUUGCUAAUGUAGAAAUGAGAGCCCACUUGUGAGAGGAGAUUACAUAACAUGUUAAUGGCGUUGCAUUAGGCUGUUGGAAAAGGAUCUCCCUCGCUUCAUCUCCCUCUGCACACUGGCAGGUGCAGUGUUCCCCGACACUGCAUCCUUCUCCUCGGCCCCGCCCGACAUGGUCCACAAGAUUCGUCGUCGAGACCUCUGCUGCGUUCCUCCCUGUCAGCCCAUCCCCUGUCUCGGCCCCUUUCUUGACAGAUGCUCGUCGAGGGAGUGCAUCCCGUUCCUUACGUUGAUAUUAGUGAUAUGUAAUUGUAUAGUUAGGUGUUCAGAGGCUCGUGAUGUAAGUAUGCUUUAACGGCUACAACAUGAUACAUUCUGCAAGGGAUCAAGAUGGAAUGGGGACGGCUAGCCACUCAGGGCCGUCGCCACCACCACCACCACCACCGCCCUGCCGGCCAGCUGUGUUCGCCAUAACCUGUCGGUGAAAUAUUACGAAUUAUAACAUUCCACUCAUGAAGGAAAUGAAUUGUACAAAUUUUCUAUGUUACUGAAAGGAACAUAUUGCAGGAGACACUUCUCUGUGGGUUGCAUGAAUGUGCUUCAUGUCAUUUAGAAAUCUUGCCAUAGAUUUUUUCGGAAGAACAAUGUAGUUAGUGGUGAAGUAGAUUGGGUUUUAAAAUCUACCGGAAUGUUGAUAUUGAUUGGAAAAUGUUCCCUCCCUGCACCGACGCGGUGGUCAGCUGGUGCUGCGUUCAGCAUCGCAACGGCAGCAUUUAGCAUGAGAAGCAUUCUCGAUUCAAAGUUUCUUACUCCUGCACUGCUGUUUUCCCCUUGCCUCGGGAGGUGCAGGAACACCGCAGCGAAUGAAGCUGAGAAUUCCGAUGCGGUUGAUGAUCGGGUGUUCGAACCUCCGCCUUUUGGUGGGAGACACAGCACUCCCUUGACCCGCUUAGCCUUUGGGAAAGUCAUAUUUCCUGUCUGCCUUUUUUACUCUCGUCUUUGCCUUGAAUUUCUUUGCAUCAGACUCAGGUUGACGUGUAGUUAGUCACGCGCCACUCAGUGCACUCGCUGAACUAGAAAAAGAAGUUGCAUGUAACGUUUCGUUUUGUGCCUGCCGCGAGUCCUGGGUGAACCAAUAAACAAUAUGCCUGCCAGCGUGCCAACACCUUCCCCUCUGGCAGUGUUUGUUGGUCCAGCCCAGCCGGGGAAGGAGCGUGGCAUGGGAAACAAAGUGGUGGCGGACCACUAUACACAUCACACGCCCUUCACUUCCGCCUCUGAAUAUUACUGGUAGGUGCGCUUGUUGGGUUCAUCGGUAUUAGCCGAUGAAUUGUGUGGAGCAGCAGUAGGGUACAACAUGAUGUAACGGUGAGAAAUAAUAUGAAUGUCACAAGCAAGAUUGUCAGGUAUCUUACUACACACACAGGUGCCGACGCCGCCGAGUACAAGCUAAUGACUGACUGCGGUCGGCGUCAUCACCAAAUCUGCCAAUCGAAAUCUGACAAUACGAGUCUGUGGUUGACUGUCUGAGCGUAUCUUGUACAUGAACUACUAAAUUAACUGAUGGGAUAAUAUUCUCUCUCUCUCUCUCUCUCUCUCUCUCUCUCUCUCUCUCUCUCUCUCUCUCUCUCUCUCUCUC